AGGCCAGUGUAGUUCAAGCUCAACUUUCAAGCCAAAAGUGACAAGACAUCUCAAACAACUUUCAACAAAACAGCAUUAGGGUGUCGAACUCUUGAAAGGACUUUUGCGAUUCUCAAAAUGGCCCGUACAUCCGCUGCAAAAAAGCGCGCUGCCGAUUCUGACAGCGAGCCCGAGACUGUUUCUAAAAGAGUCAAGAGUGGAACAUCGGUUGAGUCGGAUGGUAAAGAUGAUGAUGGAAAUCCAUUCUGGGAGCUCUCAAACAAGCGCCGUGUUGGUGUAUCAGAGUUCAGCAAGAAAACCUUUGUCAAUAUUCGCGAGUACUAUGAUAAGGAUGGCAAGACUUUACCUGGCAAGAAGGGUAUUUCACUUUCCAUCGAGCAGUACAACGCUUUCCUUAAGGCUGUUCCACAGAUCAAUGCUGCUCUUCGCGCCAAAGGUCUCGUCGUUGAGGGUGACGUCGCAGACGAGCGUGAUACUGCUCUGAUUCCAGCAGCCAAGGCCAAAAAAGAGCGGAAGAAAUCACCAAAGGCGAACAUUGAGACCACCAGCGAGGAAGAGGACUAGAGCGGCGUGUCUGGCAUUUUCUUUCCAGCAUUUUCUUCGCCCACGAGCUGGGCUUGUGUUAGCACUAUGUAUACCACGCAUGGAGUUUUUGGAGUCGCGGCCAUCACGCCCUUGGGACCCAACCGGUGAUUUGUGCAUGGGAUCACUUUCUGGCGCUAUGUCAGAAUGAUGGAUUUCAGCAAAGUAAUGAGAGUGAUGGUAAUACAUCAAGGUUCAUGGCGCGGACACGAAAUGCAGAAUGGUUCUAAUGAGGAGCAUCAUGCAAGCAAGGUAAUUUAAGUGAACUACAAUAGCUAGCAUAGCGAAAGACUUGGACUCGUUAUGCAGCAUAUAAGCUUUAUUGGAAUACAUUAAGCCCAGGAGUUACAUUGAUGGCAAAGGCCCUGCUUUAUCAAGGUAAAGCCAUGCGGUCAUGGGGGAUUUCUCUGUAUUAAGAGUCUUGCCGAUAUGAAACAUAGCUUACACGAAGGGGUGAACAAGCACAACUUCGAUAAAUGAGUGGCCGGGAACACGUUAUUUACAAGAUGGAAAUAUGUAUGCCACA